UUCGGCAACAGUCACCUUCAAUGUCUUCACGAUUCCAGGAGACCGCUCAAGCCUAAAUAUUAUCGCACAAUAAGAUUCAGCCUAAACUAUUGGGAAAUUCAAUUUAAGAACAAGUCGAUGGGUUGCCUCAGUGGCGCUCCUCCAGCUACCCUAGGCUGUCGCAGUAAUCAAAACGGUCAGCUACUGUGUAUAUGCGACACAGACCAUUGCAAUCGCGAUCCACAUGCUCUGAUGAAAGAACCACCAACUCAACUGCAAUGGCAGGUCUGUAAACGGCAAAUUGUCAACGGAAUAGAUCCGCCACCACGAUGGACACCUCCUUGUGCGGGGAACUAUUGUGAAUCAUUCUUGCAGUUCACACACGACAAUGGUACCAAAGGCUAUUCCUCCGUGAAUGAAUGCUCAAAUAGCAACGAUUUUGAUAUGUUCUCCAGUCGGGUGCCAUUCCUCUUCUAUCCAGAAUCCUGCGUCAGAAUGGAAUAUGGAGGGCAACAGGACGAGACGAUGUGUUACGGUUCAACGGCUGACGACACUGCUGCUGAAUACCCAACAGAGGGGCUGGUCGAAUGCCAUGCAGAUUUUCUAUCCAAAAAUUUACCAUAUAUCCCUAUACGGAAGCUUUGUACAGGACAAUUUUGUGUGAUAUCGGCAUUGCCGCAAGGUGAUGUGUACAGGUACGACUCAUGUCCGAUUUCUAGCCACACUCCUGGUUACUAUCGUUCCUAUAACGGUAUAGAGCAAUGGAUAUGCUCAGCACCAAGCUGUAAUUACAAUCUGCGCAAGUUGGAAGAAUCAUGGCCAGAAGAACUGAGAAAUUUAGAAAAUUUGGCACUCUGCGGGGUUUUCAACCCAGCUCAUUGUUGUUAUACUACUACACUCGGCAAUUUAUUGUUCGUUGUUACUUUCUGUAUUGUGAAAUUUGUUCUCUAA